AUGGAGAACCGGCGGCCACGCUGCGGGGACGAAUGUACUGAAUACGAUGCAAAAUGCGAUAACGAGACUAUAAUCACUGUGGAUGAUCUCAGGCGAUGUGGUGUGCCCAAGCUAAACAAGACGGUGUGCGACUACUACGAGAGUGGUGCUGACCAGGAGCAGACACUGCGAGAAAACGUAGAAGCCUUCAAAAGGUGGCGGAUGCUGUACCGCGUCCUUGUGGACGUGACCAAAAGGCAGCUGAACGCAACUGUCCUGGGAAAAUCGGUGAGCAUGCCCUUCGGCAUCGCGCCAUCGGCCAUGCAGAAGAUGGCACACCCUGACGGGGAGAACGGCACUGCUGAGGCCUCCCAAGCAACCGGUACGGUGAUGAUCUUGAGCACCCUGAGCUCCACGUCCCUAGAGGAAGUCAGAGCAGCCGCACCAAACGCCACGCUCUGGUUGCAGCUGUACAUCUUCAAGAACCGGACCGUCACGGAGGAACUCUUACGGCGAGCCGAGUCCGCGAACUUUGCGGCAGUCGUGAUGACGGUGGACGCCCCGAUAUGGGGACAGAGGAUCGCAGACGUCCGCAACGCCUUUACGAUACCCGAGGGGAUCACGUUAGGUAAUUUCGACCAGUCCAUUUACGCCAACUUCAACAUGACGAAUGCCACCAGCGGCUCGGGUCUCACCGAGUACACGAACGACUUCUUCGACCAGUCACUUUCGUGGCAGGAUGUUUGUUGGCUCCAGAAUUUCACGUCGCUGCCCAUAGUACUCAAAGGAAUCAUAACCGCAGAGGACGCCAAGCGUGCGGUGGAGUAUGGCGCCAGAGCCAUCCUUGUGUCCAACCAUGGCGGUCGACAGCUGGACGGAGCACCGGCCACUAUCGAGGCAUUGCCGGCGAUCAUGGAAGCCGUAGGGAACUGCACAGAGGUCUACCUGGACGGCGGCGUGCGGACGGGAACUGACGUCCUCAAGGCGCUUGCCUUGGGUGCCAGAGCUGUAUUCGUCGGCAGGCCUGCGCUCUCGGGACUGGCCUACAACGGAACCGAUGGUGUCAAGAAAAUGCUGGACAUCUUCAGGACGGAACUUGACAGGGCUCUCGCAUUAAUGGGGCACUCGUCUGUGGAAACUCUUCGGCCCCAAGACUUGAUUCGGCAGGAGCGCUAUGGCCUUCCAUAAAACAGGCUGCUGAGAGUGUGAACUCACCUAGGAAAUGUAUUAUAGUUUAUGCACUAAAUAUAAGAUACUCCACAAUAUCAGCACAAAAGGAACCAAAAGGCAUAACACAUCCCGAUGUCGUGUCGCUAAUGCCCCUAUUUUCAUUUCGAUUUAGCGCCGCAUUUGUACGUAUCAGCUAAAACGAAUCAUAGUCCACCAAACGAUUGUAAUACCAUUGUAAUAAUUUAUUACGAUCUGCAAUAAAUU